AUGCGUGGGCCCAGGCUGCUACUGCUGCUGCUGUUGCUGCUGCUGCCCUGUGGGGUGGUCCUGCUCAAGGCUGACCCUGCCACUGUCUCCACAGCCCCAGACAAGGGCUGGUGCUCCACGUGGGGCGCCAGCCACUUCUCCACAUUCGACUAUGGUGCCUACGAUUUCUCGGGGACCUGCAACUAUGUCUUCGCGGCCACCUGCAAAAACGCAAUGCCCGCCUUCAGUGUGCAGCUGCGGCGCGGGCCAGACGGGAACAUCUUCCGGAUCAUUGUGGAGCUGGGGGCCUCUGUCAUCACUGUGGAAAAUGGGACCAUCUCCAUCAAGGACGUGGGGGUCGUCAGCCUGCCCUACACCAGCAAUGGGCUUCAGAUGACACCCUACGGCCAGAGCGUGCAGCUGGCAGCCAAGCAGCUAGAGCUGGAGUUGGUGGUACUGUGGGGCCCAGAUCCCCACCUCAUGGUGAGGGUGCAGGGCCAGGCACGUUGGGGAGUGAGUGGGGCACUGGGCUGGGAGCAGGAGGGACGACCCCCCAGCAGUGCCCACCAUCCACCAUAGGUCCUGGUGGAGAGGAAGUACAUGGGCCAGAUGUGCGGGCUGUGUGGAAACUUUGACGGGAAUGCGGACAAUGACUUUAUGAGCGAGGAUGGCAAACUCCUAGAACCCCACAAGUUCGCUGCACUCCAGAAGCUUGAUGACCCCAAUGAGAUCUGCACCUACGAGGCCAUCCCCAGCACCCCCAUGCUGCAUGCCAAGGACGCCCAGACCUGUGCCCAGCUGCUUGCCCUGGUGUCUCCUGAGUGUGACGUGCCCAAGAAGCUGCUGGUGCAUAGCUGCCAGGUGGACAUGGUGGCCUGCAACCCACCUGGACAGCCCAACUGCAGCUGUGCCACGCUGUCGGAGUUCUCACGCCGCUGCAGCAUGGCAGGCCAGCCUGUGAGCCGCUGGCGGGGCCCUGGCCUCUGCUCGCUGGGCUCAUGCCCGGCCAGCCUGGAGUACCAGGAGUGUGGCGUGGUCUGCACCCGGACCUGCUCCAAUCCCCGGCACAGCUGUCCCAGUUCCUGCACCUUUGGCUGCUUCUGCCCAGAAGGUACGGUGCUCGACAAUCUCUCCACAAACCACACAUGUGUGCCACUCAGCCAGUGCCCCUGCAUGCUCAAUGGGGUGGUCUACAGCCCUGGUGAGGUCACAGCAGCCACCUGCCAGACCUGCCAGUGCACCACAGGACACUGGACGUGCAUGGAGAAGCCGUGCCCUGGGACCUGCUCCCUGGAAGGUGGCUCCUUUGUCACCACAUUUGACACCAGGCCUUACCGCUUCCACGGCACCUGCACCUACAUCCUCCUCCAGAGUCCACAGCUCCCUGAUGAGGGCACCCUCAUGGCCGUGUACGACAAGUCGGGCUACUCGCAUUCGGAGACCUCCCUGACUGCUGUCAUCUACAUGUCCCAGAAGGACAAAAUUGUGAUCUCAGAGGAUGAGGUGAUCACCAAUCACGGAGACACCAAGUGGCUACCAUACAAGACAGGCAACAUCACCAUCUUCAGGCAGACGUCUACCCACCUCCAGAUGGCCACCACCUUCGGGCUGGAGCUUGUGGUCCAGCUACGCCCUAUCUUCCAGCUGUAUAUCACUGUUGGGUCCCAGUUCCAAGGCCAAACCAGAGGGCUUUGUGGCAACUUCAACGGGGACACGACUGAUGACUUCAUGACCAGUAUGGGCAUUGACGAGGGCACCGCCACGCCCUUCGUGGACUCCUGGCGGGCAGGAAACUGCCCAGCUGCCCUGGAGCGUGAGACCGACCCCUGCUCCAUGAGCCAGCUCAACAAGGUGUGCGCGGAGACCCACUGCUCAGAGCUGCUGAGGAAGGGAGGCGCCUUCGAGAAGUGCCACACCACAGUGAACCCCACACCCUUCUACAAGAGGUGCAUUUACCAGGCCUGCAACUACGAGGAGACUUUCCCCCACAUCUGCGCAGCCCUGGGCACCUACGCGCAGGCCUGUGCCUCCCAGGGCAUCCUGCUCUGGGGCUGGAGGAGCAGUGUGGACAACUGCACCGUCCCCUGCACUGGCAACCGCACAUUCAGCUACAACAGCCAGGCCUGCGGCCGCACAUGCCUAUCACUCUCUGACCAUGAAGCAGAGUGCCAUCCCAGUGCCAUGCCUGUGGACGGCUGCAACUGCCCUGAGGGCACCUACCUGGACCACAGGGGAGAGUGCGUGCGCAAGGCCCAGUGCCCCUGCUUGCUGGAUAGCUCCAAGUUCCUUCCAUCGGACCAGUCUACCAUGAUUAAUGGAGUCAUCUGCUAUUGCGUCAAUGGGCGGCUUAGCUGCUCAGGGCAGCCACAGAACCUCCUGGCUUCCUGCCCAGCCCCCAAGACGUUCCAGUCCUGCGACCAGUCCGCAGAAGACAAGUUCGGGGCCGCGUGCGCGCCCACCUGUCAGAUGCUGGCCACGGGCACUGCCUGUGUGCCCACCAAGUGCGAGCCUGGCUGUGCCUGUGCAGAGGGGCUCUAUGAGGACCCCAGUGGGGAGUGUGUGCCCCCAGAGCAGUGUCCAUGUGAUUUUGCGGGGGUCUCCUACCCCGGGGGCGCCAAGCUCCACACUGACUGUAAGAUCUGCACCUGCUCACAGGGGCGCUGGGCCUGCCAGCAAGGCGCCCACUGCCCAUCCACCUGCGUGCUGUACGGGGAGGGCCACAUGGUUACCUUUGAUGGGCAGCGCUUCAUGUUUGAUGGCAACUGCGAGUAUACCCUGGCCACGGACGACUGUGGCACCAACAGCUCCCAGCCCAUCUUCAAGGUCCUGACAGAAAACAUCAUCUGUGGGAAGUUGGGGGUCACCUGUUCCCGUGCCAUCAAGACUACCCUGGGCGGCCUGUCCAUCACCAUGGCAGACGGCAGCUAUGUGGUGCAUGGCGAGGACUCCCAUGUGCACUUCCAAGUGCAGCUCAGCGCCCUGAGCCUGGUGCUGGAUGUGGACAUCCCUGGGAGGCUCAACAUGACGCUCAUCUGGAACAAGCACAUGAGUGUCUCCAUCAAGAUCAGCCGCUCCUCUGAGGAUGCCCUCUGUGGCUUGUGUGGCAAUGCCAACGGGAACAUGAAGGACGACUUUGAGACACGCAGCAGGUAUGUGGCGUCCAGUGAGCUGGAGUUCGUGAACUCCUGGAAGGAGAGCCCACUGUGCGGGGACAUGCGCGCUGCAGUGGAGCCUUGCAGUCUCAAUGCCUUCCGCCGCUCCUGGGCCGAGCGCAAGUGCAGCAUCAUCAACGGCCAGACCUUCGCUGCCUGCCACAGCAAGGUGUACCACCUGCCCUACUAUGAGGCUUGUGUGCAUGACGCAUGUGGCUGUGACACGGGUGGAGACUGUGAGUGUCUAUGUGACGCAGUGGCCGCCUAUGCCAAGGCCUGCCUGGACAAGGGCGUGUGUGUGGACUGGAGGGCCCCAGACUUCUGCCCCAUCUACUGUGACUUCUACAACACCCACCCGCACAAGGGAAGCAAGGAGCAGCUCACACAGGAAGAUGACUGCCUGUGGCACUACCGGCCCUGCCUCUGCCCUGGCAGCCUGCAGGACUUCAAGGGCACCAACAUCGAAGGCUGUUACAACUGCUCCCAGGACGAGUACUUUGACCAGAGCCAGGGGACCUGCGUGCCCUGCGCCUCACAGCCCACGUCGCCACCGCUGCCAUCCACCACAGGAUCACCGCCCACCACAGCAAUCAACAGCACCAGCCAACCCAGCACCCUGCCCAUAGCCACAGGUACCCAGUCACCAGGCCACCCAACCACAGCCUCCACAGAGAGACAGACGACCUCAGCCUCUACCACGUCAAGAGAAUCCUCUCCAACCACCUCGGCUGUCACCACACCUGCCACAUCACCUCUGGUGCCUACAGUCACAGUGACAUCAACAGCCACAGGACACAGAGUUACCACAGCAACAACAGAGCCCACAACAUCAUCUCCCAGCGCAGUUACCAUGUCCACAGCUCAGUUCACGGCACAGACGACAAUGGUUCCACUGACCGUGACCACGUGGGCAACACCUCAUGGACACGAAACAACUGCCCACAAGAAGACAACAGGCACAGCAACAACCACACACACACCGAUAGCAGAACUGACUUCCAGAGCCACACAAGCCACACGGCACACGAGCCAGAGCAGUGGGCGCCCAACAGCACCGCAAACGCAGCCUGUGGAACUCGCCUCCACAGCACUGCCAACGGACAUGCCCAGCCAAUCCCAACCCACGCUGCCCACCUCCCAAACCCCUCACCACACAACUCACACUCCUCAAGGACCAUCCCCACAGACCACCAGCCAUUCUGCACCCACAUUAGGCCCUCAGACACAGCCUCCCAGUGAGUCUCCAACACUCACCCCGGCUCUGACAACUCCCUCCUCUCAGAGUGCCAGAACCAGUCCACACGAAGUCUCCUCUGCUUCCACCAUGACACCAACAUCGACUACCCAGCAAGAUUCCACAGUGACAAUAUCAACACACACUGGACCACAACCAACCAUGACCACAAUUUCCACUAGCCAGGCCCACGUCUCAUUCAGCACAGCCAGGACAUCGCCUGUCCACAUCACACCACCUUCCUCCACACCCAAACUAGAAUCCAUGUCAGUCCAUCCCACCACCACCUCCUCCUACCCGAGCAGUAUGGAAACUGGCACCACAGUGGCCCUUACAACAUCCAACCCACCCAGCAGUGUGCACACCUCAUUGUCCACACACUCCUCUCCCACAGUGUCAGUAUUGCAUACUUUACACUCCACACUGGUCUCAGGAACUUCCCUCCAGACCACCACCAGAUUUCCCACCACAUCUGGGCCACAGACACAGUCUACCAGUGAAUUUCCAACAGUCACCACCUCUUUGCUAACUGCCAUGCCUCAUAUCACGUUUACUGGCCCAAAUCUGGGAUUUUCUUCAUCGACCAUGAAGCCAGCUACUACCACCCAUCCAAUAUCCAUGCUUACAGGAACCACACAAACUACUCAGCGACUAAGCAUGAUCACCAGUUCCACCACUCAGGCUCCCAUGUCAUUCAGCACAGCCAGGACAUCACCUGUCCAUAUCACACAACCUUCCUCUACACUCCAUUUGGAAUCCACCUCAGGCCAUCCUACUACCUCUUAUUCCUACCCAAGCAGUACGAAAACCAGUACCACAGUGGCUCUUACUAACUCCACUGCACCCAGCAGUGUCCACACCACACUCUCCACAUACUCUUCUUCCCCGCUGUCAGUCUCCCACACUCAGCACUCCACACACUCAGGAACAUCCUUGAAGACCACAACAAACCUUCCUAAUACACCUGGACUUCAGACAGAGCCGACCAGGGAGUCAGCAACAGUCACCACCUCAUUAGGAACCUCCACCUCUCAGGGCAACCCAACCACUAAACAUGUUAUGUCUAGUGCUUCCAUCAUGACACGAACUGCUGCCACCCACCCAGCCUCCAUGGUUACCACACACACUGCACCACCACUAACCAUUACCACAAAUUCCACUACCCAGGCCACCCUGUCAUUCAGCACACCCAGGACUUCACCUGUCCAUGUCACACAGCCUUCCUCCACAACUCACCUGGAAACCACAUCUGUCCAUCCCACCACCACCUCCUCCUACCCCAGCAGUAAGGAAACUGGCACCACAGUGGCCCUAACUUCUUCGACUGCACCCAGCAGUGUCCACACCCCAGCAUCCACACACUCCGCUCCCACUCUGUCCGACUCCCACACUCAACACUACACACCCACAGGAACAUCCCUCCAGACCACCACCAACAUUCCCGCCACAACCGCUCCUCAGACACAGCCUCCCAGUGAGUCUCCAACAGUCAUCACUUCACUGGUAACUUCCAGCCCUCAGAGCACCACAACCAGUCCACAAAUGGUGUCUUCUGCUUCCACCACCAAACCAACUGCUACCACCCAACCAACCUCUGUGAUUACAGGAACCACACACACUGCACUACCAGCAACCGUCACCACCAGUUCCACUACCCAGGCCCACCUGUCAUUCAGUACAACCAAGACAUCGCCUGUCCACAUCACACAACCUGCCUCCACAUCUCACCUGGAAUCCACGUCACUCCAUCCCGACACCACCUCCUCCUACCCCAGGAGUACAGAAACUGGCACCACAGUGGCCCUUACCACCUCCACCACACCCAGCAGUGUCCACACCUCAUUGUCCACACACUCCUCUCCCACAGUGUCAGUCUUGCAUACUUCACACUCCACUGCCCUCUCAGGAACUUCUCUCCAGACCACCAUCAGAUUUCCCACCACAUCUGGGACCCAGUCACAGCCUACCACUGAGGUUCCAACAGUCACCACCUCUUCGAUAACUGCCACCCAUCACACUGCCUCCACCAGUCCACAUGAGGUGUCUUCUGCAUCUACCAUGAGGCCAACUGCUACCACCCACCUUGCCACCACAGUUACAGAGGUAAAAACAACCAGCCCACCGAUAAUCAGCACCACCAAGGCCUUCUCUCAACCCCUCCUGUCCUUCAGCACACCCAGGACUUCACCUGUCCACGUCACACAGCCUUCCUCCACAACUCACCUGGAAACCACAUCUGUCCAUCCCACCACCACCUCCUCCUACCCCAGCAGUAAGGAAACUGGCACCACAGUGGCCCUAACUUCUUCGACUACACCCAGCAGUGUCCACACCCCAGCAUCCACACACUCCGCUCCCACUCUGUCCGACUCCCACACUCAACACUACACACCCACAGGAACAUCCCUCCAGACCACCACCAACAUUCCCGCCACAACCGCUCCUCAGACACAGCCUCCCAGUGAGUCUCCAACAGUCAUCACUUCACUGGUAACUUCCAGCCCUCAGAGCACCACAACCAGUCCACAAAUGGUGUCUUCUGCUUCCACCACCAAACCAACUGCUACCACCCAACCAACCUCUGUGAUUACAGGAACCACACACACUGCACUACCAGCAACCGUCACCACCAGUUCCACUACCCAGGCCCACCUGUCAUUCAGUACAACCAAGACAUCGCCUGUCCACAUCACACAACCUGCCUCCACAUCUCACCUGGAAUCCACGUCACUCCAUCCCGACACCACCUCCUCCUACGCCAGGAGUACAGAAACUGGCACCACAGUGGCCCUUACCACCUCCACCACACCCAGCAGUGUCCACACCUCAUUGUCCACACACUCCUCUCCCACAGUGUCAGUCUUGCAUACUUCACACUCCACUGCCCUCUCAGGAACUUCUCUCCAGACCACCAUCAGAUUUCCCACCACAUCUGGGACCCAGUCACAGCCUACCACUGAGGUUCCAACAGUCACCACCUCUUCGAUAACUGCCACCCAUCACACUGCCUCCACCAGUCCACAUGAGGUGUCUUCUGCAUCUACCAUGAGGCCAACUGCUACCACCCACCUUGCCACCACAGUUACAGAGGUAAAAACAACCAGCCCACCGAUAAUCAGCACCACCAAGGCCUUCUCUCAACCCCUCCUGUCCUUCAGCACACCCAGGACUUCACCUGUCCACGUCACACAGCCUUCCUCCACAACUCACCUGGAAACCACAUCUGUCCAUCCCACCACCACCUCCUCCUACCCCAGCAGUAAGGAAACUGGCACCACAGUGGCCCUAACUUCUUCGACUACACCCAGCAGUGUCCACACCCCAGCAUCCACACACUCCGCUCCCACUCUGUCCGACUCCCACACUCAACACUACACACCCACAGGAACAUCCCUCCAGACCACCACCAACAUUCCCGCCACAACCGCUCCUCAGACACAGCCUCCCAGUGAGUCUCCAACAGUCAUCACUUCACUGGUAACUUCCAGCCCUCAGAGCACCACAACCAGUCCACAAAUGGUGUCUUCUGCUUCCACCACCAAACCAACUGCUACCACCCAACCAACCUCUGUGAUUACAGGAACCACACACACUGCACUACCAGCAACCGUCACCACCAGUUCCACUACCCAGGCCCACCUGUCAUUCAGUACAACCAAGACAUCGCCUGUCCACAUCACACAACCUGCCUCCACAUCUCACCUGGAAUCCACGUCACUCCAUCCCGACACCACCUCCUCCUACCCCAGGAGUACAGAAACUGGCACCACAGUGGCCCUUACCACCUCCACCACACCCAGCAGUGUCCACACCUCAUUGUCCACACACUCCUCUCCCACAGUGUCAGUCUUGCAUACUUCACACUCCACUGCCCUCUCAGGAACUUCUCUCCAGACCACCAUCAGAUUUCCCACCACAUCUGGGACCCAGUCACAGCCUACCACUGAGGUUCCAACAGUCACCACCUCUUCGAUAACUGCCACCCAUCACACUGCCUCCACCAGUCCACAUGAGGUGUCUUCUGCAUCUACCAUGAGGCCAACUGCUACCACCCACCUUGCCACCACAGUUACAGAGGUAAAAACAACCAGCCCACCGAUAAUCAGCACCACCAAGGCCUUCUCUCAACCCCUCCUGUCCUUCAGCACACACAGGACUUCACCUGUCCACGUCACACAGCCUUCCUCCACAACUCACCUGGAAACCACAUCUGUCCAUCCCACCACCACCUCCUCCUACCCCAGCAGUAAGGAAACUGGCACCACAGUGGCCCUAACUUCUUCGACUACACCCAGCAGUGUCCACACCCCAGCAUCCACACACUCCGCUCCCACUCUGUCCGACUCCCACACUCAACACUACACACCCACAGGAACAUCCCUCCAGACCACCACCAACAUUCCCGCCACAACCGCUCCUCAGACACAGCCUCCCAGUGAGUCUCCAACAGUCAUCACUUCACUGGUAACUUCCAGCCCUCAGAGCACCACAACCAGUCCACAAAUGGUGUCUUCUGCUUCCACCACCAAACCAACUGCUACCACCCAACCAAGCUCUGUGAUUACAGGAACCACACACACUGCACUACCAGCAACCGUCACCACCAGUUCCACUACCCAGGCCCACCUGUCAUUCAGUACAACCAAGACAUCGCCUGUCCACAUCACACAACCUGCCUCCACAUCUCACCUGGAAUCCACGUCACUCCAUCCCGACACCACCUCCUCCUACCCCAGGAGUACAGAAACUGGCACCACAGUGGCCCUUACCACCUCCAUCACACCCAGCAGUGUCCACACCUCAUUGUCCACACACUCCUCUCCCACAGUGUCAGUCUUGCAUACUUCACACUCCACUGCCCUCUCAGGAACUUCUCUCCAGACCACCAUCAGAUUUCCCACCACAUCUGGGACCCAGUCACAGCCUACCACUGAGGUUCCAACAGUCACCACCUCUUCGAUAACUGCCACCCAUCACACUGCCUCCACCAGUCCACAUGAGGUGUCUUCUGCAUCUACCAUGAGGCCAACUGCUACCACCCACCUUGCCACCACAGUUACAGAGGUAAAAACAACCAGCCCACCGAUAAUCAGCACCACCAAGGCCUUCUCUCAACCCCUCCUGUCCUUCAGCACACCCAGGACUUCACCUGUCCACGUCACACAGCCUUCCUCCACAACUCACCUGGAAACCACAUCUGUCCAUCCCACCACCACCUCCUCCUACCCCAGCAGUAAGGAAACUGGCACCACAGUGGCCCUAACUUCUUCGACUACACCCAGCAGUGUCCACACCCCAGCAUCCACACACUCCGCUCCCACUCUGUCCGACUCCCACACUCAACACUACACACCCACAGGAACAUCCCUCCAGACCACCACCAACAUUCCCGCCACAACCGCUCCUCAGACACAGCCUCCCAGUGAGUCUCCAACAGUCAUCACUUCACUGGUAACUUCAAGCCCUCAGAGCACCACAACCAGUCCACAAAUGGUGUCUUCUGCUUCCACCACCAAACCAACUGCUACCACCCAACCAAGCUCUGUGAUUACAGGAACCACACACACUGCACUACCAGCAACCGUCACCACCAGUUCCACUACCCAGGCCCACCUGUCAUUCAGUACAACCAAGACAUCGCCUGUCCACAUCACACAACCUGCCUCCACAUCUCACCUGGAAUCCACGUCACUCCAUCCCGACACCACCUCCUCCUACCCCAGGAGUACAGAAACUGGCACCACAGUGGCCCUUACCACCUCCAUCACACCCAGCAGUGUCCACACCUCAUUGUCCACACACUCCUCUCCCACAGUGUCAGUCUUGCAUACUUCACACUCCACUGCCCUCUCAGGAACUUCUCUCCAGACCACCAUCAGAUUUCCCACCACAUCUGGGACCCAGUCACAGCCUACCACUGAGGUUCCAACAGUCACCACCUCUUCGAUAACUGCCACCCAUCACACUGCCUCCACCAGUCCACAUGAGGUGUCUUCUGCAUCUACCAUGAGGCCAACUGCUACCACCCACCUUGCCACCACAGUUACAGAGGUAAAAACAACCAGCCCACCGAUAAUCAGCACCACCAAGGCCUUCUCUCAACCCCUCCUGUCCUUCAGCACACACAGGACUUCACCUGUCCAUGUCACACAGCCUUCCUCCACAACUCACCUGGAAACCACAUCUGUCCAUCCCACCACCACCUCCUCCUACCCCAGCAGUAAGGAAACUGGCACCACAGUGGCCCUAACUUCUUCGACUACACCCAGCAGUGUCCACACCCCAGCAUCCACACACUCCGCUCCCACUCUGUCCGACUCCCACACUCAACACUACACACCCACAGGAACAUCCCUCCAGACCACCACCAACAUUCCCGCCACAACCGCUCCUCAGACACAGCCUCCCAGUGAGUCUCCAACAGUCAUCACUUCACUGGUAACUUCAAGCCCUCAGAGCACCACAACCAGUCCACAAAUGGUGUCUUCUGCUUCCACCACCAAACCAACUGCUACCACCCAACCAAGCUCUGUGAUUACAGGAACCACACACACUGCACUACCAGCAACCGUCACCACCAGUUCCACUACCCAGGCCCACCUGUCAUUCAGUACAACCAAGACAUCGCCUGUCCACAUCACACAACCUGCCUCCACAUCUCACCUGGAAUCCACGUCACUCCAUCCCGACACCACCUCCUCCUACCCCAGGAGUACAGAAACUGGCACCACAGUGGCCCUUACCACCUCCACCACACCCAGCAGUGUCCACACCUCACUGUCCACACACUCCUCUCCCACAGUGUCAGUCUUGCAUACUUCACACUCCACUGCCCUCUCAGGAACUUCUCUCCAGACCACCAUCAGAUUUCCCACCACAUCUGGGACCCAGUCACAGCCUACCACUGAGGUUCCAACAGUCACCACCUCUUCGAUAACUGCCACCCAUCACACUGCCUCCACCAGUCCACAUGAGGUGUCUUCUGCAUCUACCAUGAGGCCAACUGCUACCACCCACCUUGCCACCACAGUUACAGAGGUAAAAACAACCAGCCCACCGAUAAUCAGCACCACCAAGGCCUUCUCUCAACCCCUCCUGUCCUUCAGCACACCCAGGACUUCACCUGUCCACGUCACACAGCCUUCCUCCACAACUCACCUGGAAACCACAUCUGUCCAUCCCACCACCACCUCCUCCUACCCCAGCAGUAAGGAAACUGGCACCACAGUGGCCCUAACUUCUUCGACUGCACCCAGCAGUGUCCACACCCCAGCAUCCACACACUCCGCUCCCACUCUGUCCGACUCCCACACUCAACACUACACACCCACAGGAACAUCCCUCCAGACCACCACCAACAUUCCCGCCACAACCGCUCCUCAGACACAGCCUCCCAGUGAGUCUCCAACAGUCAUCACUUCACUGGUAACUUCAAGCCCUCAGAGCACCACAACCAGUCCACAAAUGGUGUCUUCUGCUUCCACCACCAAACCAACUGCUACCACCCAACCAACCUCUGUGAUUACAGGAACCACACACACUGCACUACCAGCAACCGUCACCACCAGUUCCACUACCCAGGUCCACCUGUCAUUCAGUACAACCAAGACAUCGCCUGUCCACAUCACACAACCUGCCUCCACAUCUCACCUGGAAUCCACCUCACUCCAUCUCGACACCACCUCCUCCUACGCCAGGAGUACAGAAACUGGCACCACAGUGGCCCUUACCACCUCCACCACACCCAGCAGUGUCCACACCUCAUUGUCCACACACUCCUCUCCCACAGUGUCAGUCUUGCAUACUUCACACUCCACUGCCCUCUCAGGAACUUCUCUCCAGACCACCACCAGAUUUCCCACCACAUCUGGGACCCAGUCACAGCCUACCACUGAGGUUCCAACAGUCACCACCUCUUCGAUAACUGCCACCCAUCACACUGCCUCCACCAGUCCACAUGAGGUGUCUUCUGCAUCUACCAUGGGGCCAACUGCUACCACCCACCUUGCCACCACAGUUACAGAGGUAAAAACAACCAGCCCACCGAUAAUCAGCACCACCAAGGCCUUCUCUCAACCCCUCCUGUCCUUCAGCACACCCAGGACUUCACCUGUCCACGUCACACAGCCUUCCUCCACAACUCACCUGGAAACCACAUCUGUCCAUCCCACCACCACCUCCUCCUACCCCAGCAGUAAGGAAACUGGCACCACAGUGGCCCUAACUUCUUCGACUGCACCCAGCAGUGUCCACACCCCAGCAUCCACACACUCCGCUCCCACUCUGUCCGACUCCCACACUCAACACUACACACCCACAGGAACAUCCCUCCAGACCACCAGCAACAUUCCCGCCACAACCGCUCCUCAGACACAGCCCCCCAGUGAGUCUCCAACAGUCAUCACUUCACUGGUAACUUCAAGCCCUCAGAGCACCACAACCAGUCCACAAAUGGUGUCUUCUGCUUCCACCACCAAACCAACUGCUACCACCCAACCAAGCUCUGUGAUUACAGGAACCACACACACUGCACUACCAGCAACCGUCACCACCAGUUCCACUACCCAGGUCCACCUGUCAUUCAGUACAACCAAGACAUCGCCUGUCCACAUCACACAACCUGCCUCCACAUCUCACCUGGAAUCCACGUCACUCCAUCCCGACACCACCUCCUCCUACCCCAGGAGUACAGAAACUGGCACCACAGUGGCCCUUACCACCUCCACCACACCCAGCAGUGUCCACACCUCAUUGUCCACACACUCCUCUCCCACAGUGUCAGUCUUGCAUACUUCACACUCCACUGCCCUCUCAGGAACUUCUCUCCAGACCACCACCAGAUUUCCCACCACAUCUGGGACCCAGUCACAGCCUACCACUGAGGUUCCAACAGUCACCACCUCUUCAAUAACUGUCACCCAUCACACUGCCUCCACCAGUCCACAUGAGGUGUCUUCUGCAUCUACCAUGAGGCCAACUGCUACCACCCACCUUGCCACCACAGUUACAGAGGUAAAAACAACCAGCCCACCGAUAAUCAGCACCACCAAGGCCUUCUCUCAACCCCUCCUGUCCUUCAGCACACACAGGACUUCACCUGUCCACGUCACACAGCCUUCCUUCACAACUCACCUGGAAACCACAUCUGUCCAUCCCACCACCACCUCCUCCUACCCCAGCAGUAAGGAAACUGGCACCACAGUGGCCCUAACUUCUUCGACUGCACCCAGCAGUGUCCACACCCCAGCAUCCACACACUCCGCUCCCACUCUGUCCGACUCCCACACUCAACACUACACACCCACAGGAACAUCCCUCCAGACCACCACCAACAUUCCCGCCACAACCACUCCUCAGACACAGCCUCCCAGUGAGUCUCCAACAGUCAUCACUUCACUGGUAACUUCCAGCCCUCAGAGCACCAAAACCAGUCCACAAAUGGUGUCUUCUGCUUCCACCACCAAACCAACUGCUACCACCCAACCAACCUCUGUGAUUACAGGAACCACACACACUGCACUACCAGCAACCGUCACCACCAGUUCCACUACCCAGGCCCACCUGUCAUUCAGUACAACCAAGACAUCGCCUGUCCACAUCACACAACCUGCCUCCACAUCUCACCUGAAAUCCACGUCACUCCAUCCCGACACCACCUCCUCCUACCCCAGGAGUACAGAAACUGGCACCACAGUGGCCCUUACCACCUCCACCACACCCAGCAGUGUUCACACCUCAUUGUCCACACACUCCUCUCCCACAGUGUCAGUCUUGCAUACUUCACACUCCACUGCCCUCUCAGGAACUUCUCUAGAGACCACCAUCAGAUUUCCCACCACAUCUGGGACCCAGUCACAGCCUACCACUGAGUUUCCAACAGUCACCACCUCUUCGAUAACUGCCACCCAUCACACUGCCUCCACCAGUCCACAUGAGGUGUCUUCUGCAUCUACCAUGAGGCCAACUGCUACCACCCACCUUGCCACCACAGUUACAGAGGUAAAAACAACCAGCCCACCGAUAAUCAGCACCACCAAGGCCUUCUCUCAACCCCUCCUGUCCUUCAGCACACCCAGGACUUCACCUGUCCACGUCACACAGCCUUCCUCCACAACUCACCUGGAAACCACAUCUGUCCAUCCCACCACCACCUCCUCCUACCCCAGCAGUAAGGAAACUGGCACCACAGUGGCCCUAACUUCUUCGACUGCACCCAGCAGUGUCCACACCCCAGCAUCCACACACUCCGCUCCCACUCUGUCCGACUCCCACACUCAACACUACACACCCACAGGAACAUCCCUCCAGACCACCACCAACAUUCCCGCCACAACCGCUCCUCAGACACAGCCUCCCAGUGAGUCUCCAACAGUCAUCACUUCACUGGUAACUUCCAGCCCUCAGAGCACCACAACCAGUCCACAAAUGGUGUCUUCUGCUUCCACCACCAAACCAACUGCUACCACCCAACCAACCUCUGUGAUUACAGGAACCACACACACUGCACUACCAGCAACCGUCACCACUACACAGGUCCACCUGUCAUUCAGUACAACCAAGACAUCGCCUGUCCACAUCACACAACCUGCCUCCACAUCUCACCUGGAAUCCACGUCACUCCAUCCUGACACCACCUCCUCCUACCCCAGGAGUACAGAAACUGGCACCACAGUGGCCCUUACCACCUCCAUCACACCCAGCAGUGUCCACACCUCAUUGUCCACACACUCCUCUCCCACAGUGUCAGUCUUGCAUACUUCACACUCCACUGCCCUCUCAGGAACUUCUCUCCAGACCACCACCAGAUUUCCCACCACAUCUGGGACCCAGUCACAGCCUACCACUGAGGUUCCAACAGUCACCACCUCUUCGAUAACUGCCACCCAUCACACUGCCUCCACCAGUCCACAUGAGGUGUCUUCUGCAUCUACCAUGAGGCCAACUGCUACCACCCACCUUGCCACCACAGUUACAGAGGUAAAAACAACCAGCCCACCGAUAAUCAGCACCACCAAGGCCUUCUCUCAACCCCUCCUGUCCUUCAGCACAGCCAGGACUUCACCUGUCCAUGUCACACAGCCUUCCUCCACAACUCACCUGGAAACCACAUCGGUCCAUCCCACCACCACCUCCUCCUACCCCAGCAGUAAGGAAACUGGCACCACAAUGGCCCUAACUCUGUCCGACUCCCACACUCAACACUACACACCCACAGGAACAUCCCUCCAGACCACCACCAACAUUCCCACCACAACUGCUCCUCAGACACAGCCUCCCAGUGAGUCUCCAACAGUCAUCACUUCACUGGUAACUUCAAGCCCUCAGAGCACCAAAACCAGUCCACAAAUGGUGUCUUCUGCUUCCACCACCCAACCAACCUCUGUGAUUACAGGAACCACACACACUGUACUACCAGCAACCGUCAACACCAGUUCCACUACCCAGGCCCACCUCUCAUUCAGUACAACCAGGACAUCACCUGUCCACAUCACACAUUUCUCCACUCCUCACCUGGAAUCCACAUCUAUCCAUCCCACCAGCACAUCAUCCUACUCAAGCAGUAGGGAAACCGGCACCACAGUGGCCCUAACUUCUUCUGCACCCAGCAGUGUCCACACCUCAUUGUCCACACACUCCUCUCCCACCCUGUCAGUCUCCCACACUCAACACUACAUGCCCACAGGAACAUCCCUCCAGACCACCACCAACAUUCCCACCACAACUGGUCCUCAGACACAGCCUCCCAGUGAGUCUACAGUAGUCACCACCUCUUUGGUAUCUCCCACAUCUGACAGCACCACAACUAGUCAACACAUGGUGUCUUCAGCUUCCACCAUGACGCCAACUGCUACAGCCCGCCCAGCAUCCAUGGUGACAGGAACCACACACAUUGCACCACCAACUGUUAGUACCAGUUCUACUACACAGGCCCACCUGUCUUUCAGUACAGCCAGGACAUCACCUGUCUACAUCACACAGCCUUCCUCCACCAUCCACCUGGAAUCCACAUCACUCCAUCCAACCAGCACAUCAUUCUACCCAAGCAAUAUGGAGCCCAGUGCCACAGUGGCCCCUACCACCUCUACCACCCCCAGCACUGCCCAUCCUGCAUUCUCCACACCCUACUCCUCCACGCUGUCAGUCUCCCACACUUCAUAUCCCACACCCACCUCAGAAACUUCACUCCAGACCUCUACCAACUUUCCCACUGCAUCCAGGUCCCCAGUCACAUCUACUGAGGCUCCCUCAGUCACCAUUUCCUUGCUAUCACCACCUUCUGAGAGACCCAGCACCCCAGACAGUCAAUCCUCGGCCUCCUCUGCAUUGCCUGCUAGUAGCCUUCCCACUGCCACAGUCUUCACCAUCAGCAGUUCACAGUCAGUCCCUCCACUGACCACAGCUACCACUGGUACCGGGCACGCACAUACUUCCUCCCCUGAAGACAGCCUCACCUCUUCCCAGCUCCUCACUUCUAGCCUCAGUCCUUUGCCUUCAUCCCUUUCAACCCCUGUGUCUUUGCACUCCAGCCUCUCAACUUCUCUUUCUCCCACUGAUUUUCCACAUUCCUCUACCUUUUCCCAUAAAACUUCUCCUAACUCCCAUAGUCCUCCCUCCUCCCCCUCCUCCUCCUCUCCUCCCUUGACUUCCUCUUCCGCAUCUCCAUCACCCUCUGAUAGGACUGCUUCCCAGGCCUCUGUCACCUCAAGCAUAGUCCCUCCUGCCACACUUCCUAUAGGCCCCACCACAUUGUCCCUUCCUGUGUCUCUUUCCUCCAGUCCCUCUCCUCUGCCUCCCUCUAUUUUCCCAUCUGUCUCCUUGCCUGCCCUCUCUCUGUCCACCACAUCCUCUGCGUCAUGGUCUCCCUCCUUGGCCUCCAACACAGGUUCUCUAGUAACAUCCAGGACCACGCCCCAGGUUCCCAUGCCUUCCACUUUCUCCUCUCUGGCCACCACCUUGCAGGCCACCGCUCUUACCACCAUGGCCCCUGUGUCUGGCCUGAUGUCCUCAACCUUGGGGACAAUAUCCUCCCCGCACUCUCCAUCCACCAACCUCACCACUAGGUACCCUGGGUUCACCCACCUCCCCACAUCCACGUUCCCAUCCAGCUCAGUUUCCUCCCACACAACGUCACCCACCACUCUGGAGGUACUCUCCACUGUGAGCCCCUGGCUGUCCCCUCUGGUGACCUCUCCCACAGGCUCUGCAGUCCCAGAACCCUGCAGCGUGAAGGAGCGAAAGCAAGUGGUCACCCACCAGGGCUGCACUGCCAAUGUGACCAUGACCCACUGUGAGGGCGUCUGCACCUCCUCUGCCAGCUUCAAUGUCACCACCCAGCAGUUGGACAUCCACUGUGGCUGCUGCCGGCCCCUCAGCUUCUACAUGCAAGAGCUCCUCCUGCCCUGCCAGGACCCCAGUUCACCUAGCCAGCUGCUCACGCUCACCGUGCAGGUGGUCCACAGCUGUGUGUGUGGACGCCAGCACUGUGGAGAAUAGAGGCACAAGGUCAUAGGUCAAGGGACAAGGGCAGGUGCCCCUACCCCCACCCCUCUCACCCCCAUCCUAGUCCCGGGUGAGGCCUAGAGAUAUGGAGCAGAGGCCAGGAAGGGAAGACAAGGCUGAUUGGGCAGUGUGGGUACCUGCACAGGCUGAGCAUCACAUACAGUGAAGACCCGAGGAGGACAAGAGGUGUGAGACACCCCCACACCCACAGGACCCGGGCCUUCCCAAGAAGCCACUGCCAACAACCAGCCAACUCCAAAUAAACUGGUUCUUGUGAGGCAGA